CAUACCUAAUAAUAAGGAAAACUCCAGCUACGAACAUCCCUUCCUCCUAAACGAAUUUCCAAGGGAUUGCUCCCUCUUAUGGUUCAACCGAGCCAAACUCAUUUUGUGAAAAGAGUAUCGUAAAAUUGAAUUCACCAUGGGACAAACGCGUUCGACUUUCCAGAGCAUAUUGCUCUUCCUAGCUGUUCUUUUCGUGAGCGGUGUCGUAGCUAGCCAUAGCUCCGAGGGGAGUUCCGAGAGCGCGUCGCGUGCCUCGUUUAGCUUGGAUGAACUGGAGGAAAAGCUUCAAACUUGCUCAAUUGUACAAGAGCUCAACGCCGAGAAGCUUGCAGGUGCCUCCGAGACCUCGACUUUGACCUCCCAGAUCUUCGCAGUACUAUUCCCCGGUAGCCCCGCCGUAAAUGCUCUCCUCGCAACACUCUACAUCUCAGGACCACCCAACUUUCUAUUAGCACUAUGCCCGCCCAAUAUCGAUCCUUCUUCGUUGUCAGUUAUGGUGGCAUUUGCUGUGGGAGGAUUGCUCGGUGAUACGCUCUUCCACUUACUUCCCGAGAUCUUCCUCGGAGAGGAUUCCCCCGAACAUGUGCGAUUCGUCCUUGUUGAGCCUAACCGAAACCUCCUGUUGGGUGUUGCUAUAAUGGUCGGGUUUAUGACGUUUGUGGCUAUGGAUAAGGGACUACGAAUAGCAACGGGCGGUGAAGGACAUGAGCACAGCCAUGGAGGUCAUUCUCAUGAUGCACCAACACAGGCCAAAGCUACUUCAACCUCCGUAGAGGUUUCGAAUACGGAACUUACAAAGCGUAAGAAGGGUGAAAAGAGUGCCCCUAAAACUAAGAGGGAUGACGAAAAGGAGAUCAACCCGAGUGCCAAGCUGGGAGGUUAUCUCAAUCUAGUUGCCGACUUCACACAUAACAUCACCGAUGGGCUCGCCAUGUCGGCGUCUUUCUAUGCCUCACCUACUAUCGGCGCUACGACUACGGUAGCCGUGUUCUUCCACGAAAUCCCCCAUGAAGUCGGAGACUUUGCUCUGCUCGUACAGUCUGGUUUCUCAAAACGGGCCGCGAUGGGCGCUCAAUUCGUCACGGCCCUUGGAGCUCUCCUAGGAACCCUAAUUGGCAUUGCUGUUCAAGAAUUCGGCGGCGGCAGCGCAGACGGCAGUGGAAUCGGGAUGACUGGCGGUAUUUGGGGCACUAGCCUUACAUAUGGUGACCUCUUGCUCCCCUUCACCGCCGGGACAUUCUUAUAUGUCGGGACCGUAGCCGUGAUCCCGGAACUAUUAGAGACUGGAUCUAAUAAGGCUCUCGAGCUUCGGAAGAUGAUUGUGCAGUUUGCUACUAUUGCAUUGGGUGCUGGUAUCAUGCUUUACAUUUCAUGGGAUUAAGCAUUAGAUUCGGUGACAUAGAGGGAUUGGUUAUAGAAUGGGGUUUUGGGGGUAGAUAUGUGAAUCUAUAGAUUUACGAGUCACAUUUGCUUACUAUGAGAUUCGUAAGUUGAUGUGGAUCGAGAGAAUACUUCAUUUCACUUACUAAAUCUGGUUCCACUAUUUUACGCGUCCUUUACCCAGCAAGCAAAUAUUGCGAAACGGUGAACAUCUCGAAGGGCGGAAAGACCCAUCACCAGA